AUGAAAAAAUAUAUAUUUUUUUAUAUUGCCAUUGACAUUUUAUUAUUGGUAAUUCAUCAUGUAUUUUCUUGUACACCUGCUUCUUCUAUAACUAGCUACAGUAAUGAUCAACAAUCUUCUACAGUUUAUGAUAAUACUUUUCAAAAUGGAGUAGCUUCAGCAUCAGUUAAUAAUAAAAUAGAUUCAUCAAAUUAUCAAGCACCACCUUAUCAUGGAGUAUUGUCAAGUGGUAGUAAAAGUAGAAGUGAAACAAAAAAAUUAAAAAAAUGUAUUCGAGAAGAUAUUGGUAAAUAUACAGCUACUGAAUUAAAAAGUUUAGCUACAUUUUAUCCUUAUAAUAAUGAUUCAAAAAAUAUUUUACCUAUAACUAUGAAUGGUUUAAGUGAUUGUAAUUUUGAUACUUUAACAGAAAAAUGUUCAUGGUAUUCUAGUGGAAAAAAUAAGUUUCGAAUUGGUGGUUAUGAAAGUCUUUUUGAUUUGAAUAAAUUUGAUUGUACUUCUAAUAGAGAUUUUAAUGUUGAUAAUUACUUUUUAAUAGGAACUAUUUUUAAUGAAGAAAAAAAGAAAAAUGGUGAAAGAUUCAUUAACCUAGAUUUAGAUGUUCCAUGUCAAUAUGGAAAAGCAACAUUAUCUUUUAAUUAUUGGUGUAAUACAGAAACAACUCAGCUGGAUGUAUGUGUUAUAUUAAAAGAAAAUGGAAUGGAAAUUUGUGAGGCAACAACAAUAGAUGAAAAUCCAUUGACAUUUGAAAUUCCAGAAAAUUUGAAACCUUUUACUAUUAGAUUACAUAUAAAUGAUAUUGAUGAGGAUAAAAUUAUUUUUAUUGAUGACAUUAAGUAUCAAGGACAAUUAUGUGAAAAUAUUGAAGAUAUUAAAAAUUUAAGUAAUGAAACAUUAGUUAAAUUGAAUGAAAAUGAAUUAGAAGAUAAUCUUAAUCCUGAUAAAUUAAAAAGUAUUUUAAAUAAUAAUAAAUUGUCAAGGAAUUCAAAUCAGGAAACUUCAUUUGUAAUGGGAGAUUACAAUGAUUUGAUGGAUGAAUCUAUUGAUGAGUCAUUGACAAUGAAAACAACCUCAUUACAAAAAGAAAAAGAAAAUCUUUGUCAAUUGUUAAUAUGUAAUUUUAAUGACAAUAGUACAUGUAAUUACAAUUCAUUUAGUGAUCUGGCAACUGAACCAUGGAAAGUAUCUUUAAUUGGAAUUGGUAAUCCAUUAACAGGGAUUCAUAAAAAAAAUCCUAAUGAUGAUAAAAAUAAGAGUUAUUUAUUAAUUGCUGGUAAUGAAAAUGAGGAAAAUGAUGGUAAUGAUGUUUAUAUAUUAGAAUCUCCUUAUUUUAAAUCUAAUGAAAAUUUUUUCUUAGUUUUUGAUAUUUAUCAACGUUCUGUGGGUGUUAACUUUUUAGUAUGUUUAGAUACUUUUGAAAAUUGUCCAUACAAAAAUCCACCUAUUGAUAAGAAUAUGUACUGGUUUACAAAUGAAAAAGUUUUAGUUGAAAAACAUGUUCAAAAAAUAUAUUUUGUAGUUGAUUUAAUAAAAGCACAUCAAUAUUUUGGACUGGAUAAUAUAAGGCUUCAAACAACAAAUAAUGGUCAAUUUGAAAAUUAUUGUAAAAACAAUAAUUAA